AUGCCCCACUACAACCUCCGCCGCACUUCAGCCAACCAAGAACUCGCCGCCGCUCGCCUGACCCGCCGAGACGACUCCACACGCCCCGGCGUCAUUACCGGUGCGGUUAUCGGCAGUGUCAUUGGUGUGUUCGUUAUCGCCUUCCCCAUCUUCUGGUGGAAGGGCCGUGGGUGCAUUGACCGCCGCAAGGAGGCCAAAGACGAAGAACGCGGCGAGCAUGACGUGACCCCCUUCCCGUCCAACGUCGGCCACAGCACGGCGUCGGGGUCUCCCACCACGACUGCUUCGCCCACCACUGUCACCACUCCGGUCUUUGUCAGUGAGGUCAACCAUCACCGGCUGUCCAUCGACUCGACGGCGACUGGAGCUACUGGAGACACGGGCCACACGCGCUACCACACACCGCUUGGCACGAGCCGUCCGCCCACCGCUGCGUCCAACCGUGGCCCGGGCAGCGGCACCGCAUCACGCACGCACACACCCAUCGGGGCGCCCACAACACCUCUUGGCGGGUCCCGGUCCGCCUCACGCAAUGGCACGAACGAGUCGUGGAACGCUGCAAAGAUGCAAAACAAGGAAAAGCCCGUCUUGCAGUACACCACCACCUCGGAACGCCUGGCAAACCGCCCCAUCACGAUCGUUACCGACGACGCUGACAAUUACCCUGGAGUGGUCGACGACCAACACAAUGUCCAGCCUGUCCUCUACGACGUGCACGUUGUGGAGCCGGCGUUACCUGCCAGCGCCUCGUCGCCCCACUCCCCCGGCGCCCCGCCCAGUCCCAUUUUACGUACCCCGCACGACUCGGGCGGGUACCAGGAGUGGGCGUGGGGCGGGUACAACGGCGAGCACCCGGCUCCCGUCCACGACGACAACCACCUGGAUGUCAUCGCCUCUGGUGGCCUGGGUGCGAGGCGUGGGAGCAGUGGGAGUCAAGGGAGCGCUGGGUCAGGCGCUUCGCGGCGACAUGCCGACAGGUCACCCAGAGAGUCGAUGCUCGCGCUGUACGAGGCAAGCCACAGCCGUACGCCGAGUAGGACGCCGAGUCCUACCCCUUCAAAGUAA